AUGGGGAUAAAUGACAAAUCACCUUAUGAGAUUUUAGGAGUUGGAAGGUAUUCUACCCAAAAGGAAAUCCGAAAACGUUACCUCGAACUAUGUAAAAUAUAUCAUCCGGAUGUAUCCAAGCUAAAGGAUACCACAGCGAGGUUUAAAGACAUCAAAUAUGCUUAUGAAGUACUAACUCACAAGACAAUACCAAAGCAACCUCUCAUAAGGCAUUAUCCCUCUUCGACAGCAACGACAACAAUUGAUACCCAUCUAUGGACCAGGCGAAGUAUCUUGGGUGGUUUUGGUCUCAUGGCAGUUGUGAUAUUUUAUUUGUCAAUGGAUAGGCAGGAAGAGUCUUAUUCAAAAAUAGAAAGUGUCGCUACGCAUAAAUCACCAACACCAUGGAAAGAGGCCGGAAUGAGUUUUCGUGAUUGGAGACAAAAAUAG